AAGACGACAUUAAAAUUUUGCAACAAUAUUCCUUCACCACUAGGCUCGAUUUCAAAUCUCCUAGUGAGCCAUCCACAAGAUGCAUCUUCUGAUAGUUAUACAAAGGUGGUGCUGAUGACUAUGUACGAGCCGAUUCCGGCGAUUAUGCAAUCUCAAUUAACAUUUUGGCCAUCAUCAUCCCAAUUAAUACAAGUGCAGACCCAGUAG